UUCUGUGCGUUUUUACAGCCUAUUCACUUUUCUCUCUCCAGUCUAUCGCCCCAUUCCUUGCUCCUCCCCUGGCUUUUAUACUAUUUCGCGGGAAUCUUUUUAAACUCCGUAUCCCACCUAAAAAAAAAUCAAGUUGUCUUCACUUUUGAUUUCUUUGGCUUAUCGGAAAUGAUGAUGUCAAGGCAAUAUCCCAUCUGAAAUGCCAUCCAGUGUGUCUCCGGACGCCUGAAUCCGCACAUAGAUUUGGAUGUUGCAAGAGGGACUCUCCCAUUGAAUUCACUGCUGGAGAACAGUCCUGAUGAUGGUGUCAGGGACAGGGUGGAUUCUCUUCUGCCUCUUUCUACUGGGGGAGAGAACAGCAAUUGACGGUGGGGAGGUGCAGUGCUCUCUGUCUCCAGCGGGGGCGCUCCACCCUGUGCGGGGGCUGUUGGAGCGCUUUGAGGCUGGCCCGGGCUGUGCAGCCAGAGAGAGCGGGGAGAAAGAGACCCAUGUGAUCGCUGUGGGGAGAGCGACACGCAGCCCUGACAAACAGGUGACUGUGCUCCUGAGGCCCCUGUCUCUGUCUCGUCCCCCCCAUCAAACUCUCAUCCUGGUACUGAGCUCCAAGCAGCCAGUGAGCUGGUGGUUGGAAGCCGAGAGACUACCCCCGGAUCUGCCUGUGCUGGUGCAGGUCUCUCCUAACUCUACAGUGCAGCCCUACAGUCUGGCAGUGCGGGUGCAGCCAGUGCCCUCUCUGCCUUUCCGCCCGCGAGCUCUGCUGCGCUGGGCACUGCAUCGCCAUGGCUCCCUGUCCUCCCUCACACACACAGCCAGUGCCAACCGUGUCUACGUCCGCGUGGGAGAGGAUACCACCAUGCCCAGCGUGUGCCAACUGCAGUCUCUGUUCCUGUCACACAACUACCUGACCUCUGACCUGCAGCCACAGGAAGUGCAGGGCUGUGCUCCAGUUGGCGGAGGCGACCCAGAAGUACAUGUCAUCAAGCUCCAUUCAGCAGGGUCAGGGCUUUGUGGCUCUCUGCAGGUGGAGGUGACUGUCUCUCUGGUGCCCCCGGUGGCCAACGCUGGUUGGCACAAGCUGGUGCUGAUCCUCAGUAGUGCCGUUCCAGUCAACUGGGCUCUCACAGUCCCAGGGCUCCGGGGACACAUCUCUGUCUAUUCCUCCAACAGUGUGUCCCCACUCUACCCUCCGGAGCCUGACCUGACACUGACUAGCAUGCUCACCUCUGACCUCUCUACCACCCAUGACCUUUUGAGCUGGGCCAAUCAGAGUGGCUUCCCCAAAGUGGCCUCAUACACAGAGGCUGACCUGGCCAAUCGCUUUGUGAUCAGACUGGCUGGGGGAGGGACAGAAGGUGGCCCCCCUGUGCGUAUGCUGGGCAGCAGGCCCCCGUGGGUCCAGGAGCGCAGGCUGAGACAGUGGCUCAGUGGGGGAGGAGGAAUGGCCAGUUGGGGCUGGGAGGCCAUCAGUGUGCAGUGUCAUGACGGACGACUCAACGUGGCCGUGGACAGACACGUUCUGCAGACCCUGUCUCUCCCGGUGUCGGAGGUGACACUGCAGGAUCCUCAGUGCCUGGCCCAGUCCAACAGCAGCCAUUUCCUGUUGGCAUUCCCGGUCAUUUCCUGUGGGACUGAGGGGCUGCUGCAGGGAGAGCCCAGAGGGGUGCAGUACAAAAAUGCGGUGUUGCUAUGGAGAAACAAGCCUCUGGUUGCCGUGGGCAAUGAGACAGACAAGGAUCCCACAGAGUGGACUCCACUGGUCAUACAUUUCAGCUGUUUGGCUGCAGUCCCCAGCGCCCCCAGCCUUCCUGUGGAGCAGCCCGCUCUACAGGGGCCGGGGCCUCUCCCCAGGGCCAGGGCCAGGGCCGGCCCACUGGUCUCACUGCAGCUGUUUGUUACAGAGGGCUAUGAGCAGAGGCAGACCGGUCCUUGUGCCAUCACUGCUGACAACCAUGUCUAUGUGGAGCUUUCAGCCAAGGGGGCCAUCGGUGGGGGUGUGGAUGUGCGGUCCUGUAUAGUGUCUCCUCUAUCGGACCCCCGCGUGUCCCCUGGCUGGUCAGUCAUUAGAGACGGCUGCUCCACUGACUCCUCACUGACACUCAGCAAAAUGACACAUGACCAAGAGGAUGAGGAGGAAGAGGAGGAUGAUGAGGAAUAUUAUGAAGAGGAAGAGGAGGUACCUAGAGGCCUGUCGUUCAGGCAUCCAGGAAGGGCUUGGAGGAACAAAGCAGGAUUGGCAACAGGACUGAGACAAAGAGAACACGGUGGGAAGAGGGGAAGAGGAGGACGAGCCAAAAGGAAGGAGAGCGAUGGAGGAGAGGAGGACCAGAUAAACAGACUGAGGUUCAGUUUUGUCCUUCGGCCCAUCUACAACAACUCUGUCCAGUUCCUGCACUGUAGCAUCCGUCUGUGCGGCCCUGAGUCAGUGACUCCAACGGCCAUGACACAGAGUGGCUGUCCGAAUCCCUGGGGCCUCCGAAUCCCUGCCCUCGUAUCUAAACUACCCAGCCAACAGUGUGAGUACAGAAACCUCUCCAGACCCAUGCUGGUCAAUCAGCCUGUUGGUGCGGCCAGACAGCUGGCGCCACCUGCUGGUCAGAGAGGUCAAAUGCCCAGUGUGGUUCAACUGCCCAAGCCUACACCAGCCCACAGCAGCUCUGGGGUAGAGACAGGCUCAGUGUUGGGGAUUGUGUUUGUUGCGUUCCUUAUGGGCAUCAGCCUGAUGGGGGCGCUGUGGUGCAUCUACUCUCACACAGGAGCUCCUCCACCAACCAGAAGAGGGAGCCUGCUCGAGAAUACUAACCCUGCUUUAUUAGACUCUUCCAACAGCUCUGUGUAGAGGUGAGAUGGAACGUGAUAAGAGUGGAGCAACACACACAACAGCUGGGGGACCACAAAGUAAAGAGAAUGUCAAAUUUAGACUAGUAUACUAUAGGCUUAUCAUGGUGGCACUAUCGCCCUAUGUGAAUUAGUCAAGCACCUGCAGAUUGCAAUAGUGAUAUCUUGUAUCAUGUGUAAGAAAUACGAUAUUAUCGUUCUCUAUCUCAUUUUCAGGGUUUUCUCUGGUAAAUCUGAGACCAAGGGUAAAGUGGGACAGAAGAUUAAACAUCUGGUGUGUGUAUGUGAGUGUGUCAGACCUGGGUUCAAAUACAUGCGUAUUUAAGUAUUUGUUAUUUAAAUACUACUUUUCUGUGUAUUUUAGUAUUUUUGAAUAAUGUGGCCAAAUCAGCAAUUUCUAUUUGAAGUAUUUGAAAUUAUUUUCUAAUAACUUCCUAUAAAUAGCCGAAAAUGUUUUCAAAUACUUAUUUCAAAAACCCCUAGGACCAAACAGACCUGGGUUCAAAUGCAUGCAGUAUUUGAACAUUUGUAUUUCCAAAUACAUUCCAAUAUAUACUUACUUCGAAAUGUCUUUUGAAAGUAAUUGAAACACCCUAAAUAGUUUUUGAACCCAGGUCUGGUGUGCGGGCGUUUGUAUGUGUAAAUACAUGUACACUGAGUAUACAAAACAUUGAGAACUUCUGCUCUUUCCAUAACAUAGACUGACCAAGUGAAUCCAGGUG